AUGAACAAUAAUCAAAUAGAAUUGGAAAAUAGAUCAAAUUCAUAGUUUAAUUCUUAAUAAGAAAUCUAAUUGAAUUAACUUGAUUAAAGUAAUGAGACUGCUAUUAAUUAACUUAUUUAAAUUCUUAAUAAUUAAACAAACCUUCCAAUAGAUUAAUUCAAAUAAUUAGUUGAUUCAGCACUAAUUGAUAAACAAUUUUUGAUAUUGACAUUAAACCCAAAAGGGAAAUACUUUUAGAAUUUGAGAAAACUCAUAUUAUUAAUAGUUGGAUUCUUAGCUUUUCAGUUUUAUUAACUUCUAUAUCUUUUCACAUAGAAUUAAAUCACUUAAGAUCAUGAUGAUAUACAAUCUAAAUUAAUGUAUUGAUAUUAGCGAUUUAGUUUAAAAACCCAAUAGCAUAUUAUGAACAAGAGCUAAUCUAGAACUAAUUUAUAUUUGGAAGAAUAAAUCAAUAAUUUAUUGAUAGUAAUUAUGAUUAGGAUUAUAUAUAUCAUAAUAUCCUACUGCAGUUUUUGUUUGAUAAAACCACUAUCUUAACAUUAUUCAAAUAAAAAUGUAUAUAAAUUAUUAUAUAUUUAAGUUAUUACUAUUUUUUCUUUUGCUAAUAGGAUGUACUUAUUUUAUAUAAGGAACAUAAUGUAAUAUAUAUCCAAAUUAUGAAACUUUACAUUUUGAAGAUAUUGGAAAAUUAAAUAAUUCGAAAAUCUAUUGGGAUAAUUUUAUUUUUUUUGGCUGUUUUUUUGUGUAAGGAAUGUCAUCCGCAAUUAUAUUAUAUUUAUUAUUGUAAUAGGUUUAAUUUAUUUUGAAGAAAAAUUAAAGAUUAAUCUUUUACAAUGAUUUUUCAUUGGUGAUAAUUGAAUUCAUUAUGGUGUCAUCUGUUUUACAUAUGAUUUUUAAAGAAUAAUAUAAUUUUAACUUAAUUAUAAUGUGGAUUCCUUUUUCUUUAAUCACAUUAUAUGGUUUUUUUACUAUUUAAGAUUCACCACUUUGUAUUUUAGACAGAAUUUCAUAUUAUUAAUAAAUCUCAAAAUAAAAUCAAUAAAAUCUAAAAAAAUAAUAAAUUGCUAUCAAUAAAUUUGAUGAUUUAAUUACAGAAUUUCAAUCUAAUUUGAAUUCUAUUUAUUCAACAAAUUUCUAAAAUAAAGUUUAUUUUAGUGAAGAGUAAGUAUCAAUAUUAGUAAAUAAAUUUUAAUUUAAAAUAAGCAAAUAAUAAGAACCUAGUUAUAUAGUUAAUUUUAUAAUGUUUACUUUAAGUUUACUAUAUUUUGGGCAUUUGUUUAAAUUAUAUGUAUUUAUAAAUCAAUUGCAAUGGUCAAUUUAAACUUUAGCUUUAAUAUUAUCUAUUUUCGAAUUACUAGGAUAUUUUAUUGGAAAUUAUUGUAUAAGUGAAUUAUAUAAUCAACAUUUAUUAAGAAAAUUAUUGAUGACUUUUGGAUUGAUUAAUUAUUUAAGUUCUUUGCCAAGUUUUCAAUCCAUUCAUAGUUCAUUUUAAAGUUAAGUAGAAUUCUUUUCUAUUCUAAUUAUUAGAUUAUUGUUUUCUUUAACUAUCAAAGCAUUUUUAAUGUAAAAAAAUUAAUAUAAUAGAUAAUUUUCAUAAUAUAAAUUAAAUUUUGGAUUCUUAAUGUUAGGUAUAUUACUUGCUAAUAUAAACUUAUUAUAAAUAUAAUUAUUUUAAGUGAUAAUUGCAACUAUUCUAUUAUUUGCUUAUCAUUUAGCAAAGUGA